ACGCUACUAUGCCCAUAAAUCUACUGCGGCUGUCCUUGAUUUUUAUCCCCAGUUUGUGAUUGGGGAAAGGGGGCCGGGGGGCCUUCCAGUUUUUCUCAAAUUCUCCUAAUUUGGCCAUCUGGGUCUCGCUCGUUUGGGUCAAAUACGUGCUGCCAAGUCGUGAUAUGCUGGUUUGACUCGUUUUGGGGGAUAUUGACAUCUGGUUUUUGGGAGUAUUCUGCAUCAUUUCGGUAAAUUCGAUUUCAUGGCGUUUUUGGGUAGAUGGUAAACGAGUUCCAUGACCCAAAAGGUUGUGGCUAACAUCCGGGUGAUUCUGUAGCUAAGGAGUGUUUUUUAACAUAUUCCAUUUGUAUCAACUUCCUCUUCAUGGCUGAUACUCAAUUAUAUCUUCUCUUCACGGCAUCAUCGGUUGUUAUGGGGGAGUGGAACAGGCGACUGGGGAAGAAAUGAGAAGAAAGUGGCGAGCGGGAUUCCGAGUUUCACUCCAGAGAUAUCCAUUUGUGACCAACUAAACUGUGUUUUAAAUCCCUAUAAAUAAGAGGCCAAACAGUUGCUUGUAACCUUCUAUACUGGUACCUUUAAUAAGUAUUGCAGAGAACCUCAAAGUAUAUGCCAUGACUGAUGUCAGUCCAAGGACUGAUAUCUCUACAGAUGUCGACACAGAUGACAAAAACCAGAGGCUUGAUAUGGGUCAGCGUAAUGCUGUUAUGGCCUCUGAUUCCAGUGAUAGAACAAAAGAUAAGUCUGAUCAGAAGACUCUUCGGAGGCUUGCACAGAAUCGUGAAGCUGCCAGAAAAAGCCGACUUAGGAAAAAGGCAUAUGUUCAACAGCUGGAGAGUAGUCGUUUAAAGUUGACCCAACUAGAGCAGGAGCUUCAGCGAGCACGGCAGCAGGGAAUCUUCAUAUCAAGCUCAGGAGAUCAAGCCCAUUCAAUGACUGGAAAUGGGGCCAUGACAUUUGAUGUGGAAUAUGCCCGUUGGUUGGAAGAACAAAACAAGCAGAUCAAUGAAUUGAGAGCAGCAGUAAACUCACAUGCAAGUGAUACUGAACUUCGAAUGAUUGUUGAUGGCGUCUUGGCUCAUUAUGAUGAGGUUUUUCGGCUCAAAGGUGUCGCUGCAAAGGCUGAUGUUUUCCAUUUAUUGUCUGGCAUGUGGAAAACACCUGCUGAAAGAUGUUUUUUGUGGCUUGGUGGUUUCCGGUCAUCGGAGCUCUUAAAGCUUCUUGUCAGUCAGUUAGAGCCCCUCACAGAGCAGCAGUUGAUGGGCAUAUCCAACUUGCAGCAGUCGUCACAACAGACCGAAGAUGCAUUGUCGCAGGGCAUGGAGGCAUUGCAACAAUCACUGGCUGAGACAUUGUCCAGUGGAUCUCUUGGCUCCUCAAAUGCGUCUGGCAAUGUGGCAAACUACAUGGGUCAGAUGGCCACAGCAAUGGGUAAACUCGGGACCCUCGAGGGAUUUAUUCGCCAGGCUGACAAUCUACGGCAACAAACACUACAACAAAUGCAUCGGAUAUUAACAACUCGCCAGUCAGCUCGUGCACUUCUUGCAAUUCAUGAUUACUUCUCCAGACUACGAGCCCUUAGUUCCCUGUGGCUUGCUCGGCCGAAGGAGUGAAUGGCUUUGCGAUUUCGACCAAGUAUAUUGACAAAAGCAUGGAUAGGCAAUAGAAUAACAAUUUAAUGAUUGCUAUAGUUUCAAAUUUUCAUUUGUGUGCCCUCAAUAUAUGGUAUCAGUCUUGUGAUGCUACUUGUAAUAAACUGUAUGUAUUUGUAUGUGAGAUAGAAAACAGUUGUAUUGCUUCAAAAGAAUGUAAUUUAGGAUAGGCAACCUACAUGCUAAAUAUGAGUUUUGGGUUUUGAACUUCCAAA